AUGGCCGACGACGAGUACGGAUACCUGCAGCCAGACUUUGAUCCAAGCUCCCUGACUGUGCCCCGUCUGCGCUCCAUUCUGGUCGCCCACAAUGUCGCCUAUCCUUCGUCUGCAAAGAAGUCCGAUUUGAUCGCCAUCUUCAACUCAAACGUCGCUCCUCAGGCCAGAAAGAUUCUGAACGUCCAGUCUCGCACUGUGCGCUCAACAAGAGGCAUCGUGGACGUGCCCUCCAGCCAGUCGAGCACCGGCGACGACGACCAAGACGACGGUGACGACAACAUCACUGUAUCCGCAACUCCCGCAAGACGAACUACUAGGCGUACCGUCAUGCAACCAGCUGCCGAUGAAAUUGUUGCGCCAACUCCGCGUUCGACCAGGAGGUCUUUUGCCCCGCCGAGUGCUCGUCGUGCUUCCAGCAAACAUGCUACCGUCGAGCCUGAGCCAACCCCGAGACGUACAGUGAGGUCUUCUUUCCCUAGUGAACCUCCACAACCCGUCUACCGCGACCAGGGCGCAGACUCUCCCUUCUCCAAAGACAACCCUUUUCAGAGUGGAAGCUCCCCGCCAUCCGCAUACCGCAGCAAGAGUGGAGACAGAAGAAGAACUACGAUUGGUCCAUCUGGAGACAGGGAAAGAAGAAAGAGCAGGGAUGCCAGGCGCAGAACCGAUGGCUUUUAUCGCCAGGAAGAGGAAGAUGAUACCGCCGUGUCUAGGAUGCCCAUAUCUCGUGUGAAGGUCGAGCCAGAAUACGAGGAGGAGUAUGACCAAAUGGUCGCUGGCGAGGAGUUUACUCCAGAAGAGCAGCACGACCUCAUCAAAGCUCAGGAAGAGAACCCACGUACUGCCCUGAGCCGUGUACCUCGUCGAAGAAGGCCGAGAUCUGGAGCAGCUAGAGCUGCUCCUUGGACCAUCUUGCUUACCAUGCUCGUUGGAGUUGCUGCUGUCUGGCGACAAGAGAAGAUCAAGGUCGGCUUCUGUGGAAUUGGCCAGCCAUCCACAGCCCUGGCUGGCGUGCAGAUCCCAGAAUGGGCCUCUUUCCUACAGCCAGAGUGUGAGCCAUGUCCCAUGCAUGCCGAGUGCAGGGAAAACCUCCACAUCGUCUGCGACGAUGGCUUCGUGCCCGUGUCGCACCCUCUUACGCUCGGAGGUCUCAUACCUGUACCGCCUACUUGCGAGCCAGACAGUGAGAAGCUCCGCAAGAUUACGGCACUGACAAGCCAUGCUGUCGAGACUGUAUUGCGACAGGCCAACGCACAAUAUGAGUGCGGUGAGAUUAAAACCCCGUACAUCAGCGAGCCAGAACUUAAGACUGCGGUUGUUGCCAGGGCAAAAAGCAUGAAGGACAUUCUCGAGCUGAUUGACCAAGCAAUCGAAGAUGUCCCGAAGCGUGAUGAGGUGAAGACCAAAGUUGACCCACAAACCUCUGUCCGCUCCUUCCGCAGCAUCUCUCUCGCAAAAGUCCCCCUCCACUGCGCCUUCAAACGAUCCGUUCGCCAAACGAUUAGACAGCAUGUUCGCGAACUUGUAGCUAUUCUUGUCUUGACCAUUACAGCUGUGUAUGGCCAACGCACAAUCUCUAAGCGCCGCUCAACUUCUACACAAGCCAAGCGUCUGGCAGGUCUGGCUCUUGACAAGCUUGCCGCCCAGGCUAGUCUACAUGCUCAGGAUCCCAAUGGUUAUUCUGAGCCUACGAUAAGCAUGGUUGCCUUACGUGACGAUGUGCUUCGCGACGAGUUCCGGGCAUCAGAGCGUAACAGAAUUUGGACGGCGGUACAGAAACUUGUUGAAGGCAACGCCAACGUCAGAACCAUGGUGCGCGAGGGCCGUACAGGAGAUGUGAGCAGGAUGUGGGAAUGGAUCGGCGCAGUCUAUCGCAUCGAGGGUUCCGCAAACCAGACUCCAGUAGGCCAAAUCACUACACCAGGAAGAAUGGAGGAUAGCAUAGCAUCCGGGAGUGGACUGGAAAUUGAGAAGCGUAAAUGGGAGGAGUCGAGACCUUACUAUUGA